CCGGAAGUGGUUGUCCGUGGGUCUUUGGGCUCUAAGGAACGUUUCUGGCUUCGUCUCCAGGGUGACAGAGGGGCUCGUUGCGGGCGGGUGCCAGUUGUUGCCAUGGUGUUUUACUUCACGUCCAGCGUUGUCCCCUCUGCUUACACCAUUUAUAUGGGAAAAGAUAAAUAUGAAAAUGAAGACCUAAUAAAGUAUGGCUGGCCAGAAGAUAUUUGGUUUCAUGUGGACAAGCUCUCCUCUGCUCAUGUCUACCUCAGGCUACACAAGGGGCAAACAAUGGAUGACAUUCCCAAAGAGGUUUUGAUAGAUUGUGCACACCUGGUGAAGGCCAACAGCAUUCAAGGCUGCAAAAUGAGCAGUGUCAACGUUGUCUACACCCCAUGGACUAAUCUAAAGAAAACAGCAGACAUGGAUGUGGGACAGAUCGGGUUCCACAGACAGAAGGAUGUGAAGAUGUUAACAGUGGAGAAGAAAGUGAAUGAGAUCUUGAACCGACUGGAGAAAACCAAAACGGAGCGAUUCCCAGACCUGGCUGCCGAGCAGGAAGCCCGUGACCGAGAGGAGAGGAAUGAGAAGAAGGCCCAGAUCCAGGAGAUGAAGCGGAAGGAGAAGGAGGAGAUGAAGAAGAAGAAAGAGAUGGAAGAGCUUCGAAAUUACUCUUCCUUAAUGAAGGCUGAAAACAUGUCCUCGAAUCAGGAAGGCUAUGACUCGGAUGACUUCAUGUAAACCAAGAUGCUCACCUUCCAGAAGACGAAGAUGGACUUUGACAUCUUAUCUCUUUGACGUGGAUGCUAAAAACAAGCAAGCAAACUUGGGCGUCUCCACACUUGUUUCCUUGUUGGCAGCGUCUGGGAGGAGGUGGUCUGAUCCUCGACAGAGCCUCCCCUGGGAGGCUCUAAGAACAUGAGUUCUGUCUUUUGAGCCACUAUGAUGUGUGUAUUAUCUGGGUAUGGGAAGGAGAAGGCUGUAUUUGAAAGCAGUUGAGGCAAGGAGGCACUGCUUCUGCCUUAAGUCUCCCUUUGGAACAGACCAGCUUGGAACGUUUUGCUGUUAGAACUGCUGACCUGAGGACAUCAUCCUCAUCUUAUGGGGUGGGGGGCUAUCCUCCCCCUUUUUUGCUAGUUUUGUAGUGCACCAGAAUUUUGCUAUUGAUCAACUCCACAAAGAUUUAAGCUUUGCAUAGCUGUUUCUCCAGAGUUUAAAAAGGCUUGCCUGGAUCCUAUGCACAUCAAUGCCGCAACCUCCACCACUCCCAUUAAUUAAUUAACCCAUAGUCCAGACUCAAGCAUGUGUUACAACCCAGGAGUUGGGGCAAAGUGUACAGCAUCAGAAGUUAGUGAAGAGCAGACAGCUCUAACAAGUCAACCAAUCCUCAGAGUGUUGUUCAUUCAACCUAUGUAGCCAUAUUGGAUGUCUGCUUUCACCUCAAGCACUCUGCAAAGCCCAGCAUUGCUUUUUGUUUGGCUUGAGAUAAAGCAGCAUGUGCCUUGAGCUUCUGGCUUGUUUUCCUUUGUCAUCUUUCCCCAAUCCCACCCAUUGUGUUUGCACGUGCAGGAAAGUUCCAGACCUGUACCCAAAGAACUGGCACUCUCUCCCCCACACACAUCCUCACUGUGCAGGCCUUCAGAGCAUUUGAGCACUUUCUUGUUCUCUGUGGUAGCUGCACUCGGGAAAUGUUCUCUGCAGUUUCCCACCACAGCAAGCCUUAUGCCUGGCCUACCUGCCUACACAAGCAGUUGUAAUGAGAUGGCAGGGAGUGGUGGUGGAGGAGAUAGACUGGACUGCGCCACUUCAAACUGCCGGUGAGGGAUCACAUCGUUCACAGUUCCCCCACAGUAAUAUAUCCGUGUGAAUGAUACAGCCUAUGAAAAGCUAAGUUAGACUUGGGAGAAAUAGUCUAGCCUAGCUCUUUGUAUGUUGUGCCAGUUUGCUAUUUACAGGGAAUUAAUGUGGAGGAACUGCAAACAGUGUAGUCCUUUCUUCUAGUCUGAAGUAGUAAAGUCUGUCCUACAUCUCUGAAUUCCUCCACCUCAUUGUGCUACACGUGUUAGACCAGACCUUUCCUCACCUUAAAAAAAAACCCCUUUUCCCCUUGUAUUUUUCUUAGUGUAAUUGGGCCUUCUCAUGAGUUUUCCCAUGCAUCCCUGAUGGAAUGAAUAAAAGGUUUGGGUAGCUUCAAGGAGGCCUCUACUACAUAUGAGUACAAUUGCUGCUUGGUUUGUCUUGGUGACGAGCAUGUGGUGGACUCCUUCCUGCAUUGUUUAAAUUAUACUGAGCGAGCAUGUUGCAGUUGUUCUUUUAAGCAUUCUUUGGCUUUGGGGUGGAAGGUGCUGGCUGUUGCUGUUUCUGAUCAGCCCUUGCAACACUGAAAAAACCUGGGUUGGAUUGCAUGGUUCCAGUUUGCUGCAGCACACAAAUGAUGCCGUGUCGGGGAACGUUCCAUAUGCUGGGGGGGGGGAAGGGCUGCUGUUAGUGGCCUGGACCCAUGACAUCCCCUUUGUGUUCAAUCCCAGCCUUUCCAUCACAGAGUACAGAGAACAGCUCAAGGGUGGAGCUUCAGCCCACUCCAGUUUUCGCCAUUGUUGCUGGUCUGGUUCCUAAAUAGUCUUCAGAGGACCCUUCUAAGCAGUUCAAGGUUCUGAAGAGUUGCAGCAGAUUCAACUGUUGUACAAACUACAUCAUCCAGUGGCAAGUUCUAAGAAACGUGAGACGGUAACAUUGGUUAUGCUGCUUGUUCUGUUCCUGGCAUAGUAUACAGAAGAUUUGUGGCAGAGAUGAUCCUCAGCAAGAAGACUCUGCCUCUGAAGGCAUGGACAGCGCCGUCAAGAGUCUCCUUUUAAGAGAAGGAACAAGAGCACUAGUUACUUGGGAAUGUCUGGAGCUGCUUCCAUGUGCAGGUGCAUAAUCUACAUACGUCAGAGAACAAUGGUUAUAGUUUUUUUUCCUAUGAACCUCGUUGCAAGCUGUUUCUUCCCAAUAUUGGCUGUUUCUGGUUCCCAGGAUGCACUUUGGACCCCUCCUUUAAGCUUGGAGCUGGUGGGAAAGUGUCUGCCUCCCAAAAUCUGUAGUGUUACAUGAAUGCUAUUAUGCUUAAGAGUGAUCAUGGUGAAGACUGCAACAGCCAUGUACAUACACUAGAAUUAAAUAUGCUGCUUUGUUGAAAAGGGCCUGUAUUCGCUGUAUUAAAAUGGGAACAAGGGGGUGUGGAGAAAUGUCUGCAUCCUAGGUAACUGUGAGGCUGCUGUCAGAGAUGAUGAUUUAUUGAUAAUAUACUUAGCAUUGUUGCAGCACUUUAGAUUUUACAUUUUUUCCAAUUUUAGGUUGUUCAGAACAUCUCACAUGUUUUGUUGCCAUGCUUAGAACAAGCCUGCAAGGUAGGGCUGUAUGAUUAUCCCUCCGUAUCGGGAGUGGCUGGCCUGAGGCCACCUAGUGAGUUCAUGGCAGAGGUGAGAUUUGAACCAGCAGCUUCCUGCUUCAUCUCUCACCUGCUACAGCAGCACUAACGCUGAUCCCAUUGUCAUGCAAAUUCCCACAACGGUUUAGCUCACUUCUGAGCUUGUUUGCAGGCUACAAUUUCUGCAUAUGUGAUUAAUUCUGAUCCUCUUUUGCUUUCCCUCCAAGCCUCACUGUGAAUAAGUGGGAACGCUGACCUAUGUAUGUUUAAAACUUCAAGAAGAUGCAAUUUUUUGUUUUUAGAUACUGCAGAUCCUGCAGUCAGUGAAUUUUACUGAUAAAAUAGAUGGCCAUUGUUAAUCUCUCAAUUUAUUCUCCUUAAGCUGUUAAUGGAAGUGAUAGGGAGGCUUGUGGAGCAUUUCAGUUCAAUCCCCUGACCACUUCUCAGACGUGUUCUGGUUUGUAAGACUUUGCUCACAUGUUUGGAAAAUACCUAUAGACAGCAGGGCUUGAAAUCCUUUAGAGGAAGAACAACCCAAGCAAAAUUCUUAGGGAAGUAAAUGCCAAUACCUGAGUGUGCAUUCAAUUGUGAAUGUCCAGAAUCUCCACAACAGGGUUGGUUGGUAGCCUUCCUAGAAAACUAAAGGGCAGUAACGAGAAAAGGGACAGUGGCCAUGGAUGUUGUAGAGCUGGGGAGGACCCUUAGCAUAUGCUUAGCGCAUAAAAAGAUUCAUCUUUGGCAUCUGGCUACACUGUUGCUUGUGUGCCAGCAAGAAUGGUUAGUUUUCAGCCACAUAGACCAGCGGUCAGACUCUAAGAGGCAGCUUUGUAUUCGAGAAAGGGACUGGUAAGUUUGGUUUUAGAGUUCGUUUAUAGCAAGCUACCCCUGUAAAUUUCCCCACAGCAUUUCCUGUCACUACACUACGUAGCAUGUUGGCGCAUCCUCUGAAUGAGAGAUACUUGGAGACACGUUGGUUUCAGAGCCCCUUAAAAUGCACUGAGGGGGACUGGAGUUUGGCCAGAGGUGUCCUGCUAAAACGAGGUUCGCCCAAGCCCCAGGACAUCUGGCUGGCCGCACGGAAACAGGAUGCUGAACUAGAGGAACCUUUGGACUGAGGCAGCAGAGCAGUUCCUAGAUUUUUACCCUUUGUGUGUUGUGUAAUAAGGGAAACAAUUUGUUUUUAUUUGAGCUCCAGUAGAUUAAGAAAAUCUGUAUGCAUGACCUUUUCCCCCUAAAACCACUGUUUACUGAGGCUUUUCACUUUGCAAAAAUAAAGUAACUUGCACAAUUUGGAUCACGCACA